UUUCUAAGUGACAUCUGUCGUCAAAAUAUCAAACUUCAACACUAAAGUGCGUUUUGUCGGUGUUGUAAAGUGAAUUUUACGUUUCGAAUAACAAAUUGAAUCAAAAAUGGCAAGCCUAAGACUCUUUCGCACCUUGCGCUUGUCCACAUGUCUAAUCCAAAACCGUGCAUUACAUAAAUUCUCCGUCAACCGGAUGCGAUUUCUCCCCACAACAAAUUUAGUAAAUACGCAUGCCAAUCCCACUAGAUACUAUACAGCUGAAGCAGCUGCGAAAGUAGCCAAAGAUACAACUUCCACACCUGAGACACCAGUUGGCCAGAGCACAAAACAUGAAUUUCAGGCUGAAACUCGCAUGUUACUCGACAUAGUAGCCAGGAGUUUGUAUUCUGAGAAGGAAGUCUUCAUUCGUGAAUUGAUUUCCAACGCUAGCGAUGCUCUGGAGAAAUUCAGAUACACUUUACUCUCAGAUUCCACAGCCAGGGAGAGUUUUGUUGAACCUGACAGGUCGCUGGAGAUUCAGAUCUCCACUGAUAAACAGGCGAGGACUCUGACUAUUGCUGACAGUGGUAUUGGCAUGAGCAAAGAAGAGUUAAUCUCGAAUUUGGGUGUGAUUGCACGGUCUGGUUCAAAGGCUUUUCUGGAACAAUUAAAAGAUAAACAAGGUUCUGAUAAUGCCGGGAAUAUCAUCGGACAAUUCGGCGUGGGUUUCUACAGCGCUUUCAUGGUCGCAGACAAAGUGGAAGUCUUCUCACGUUCAUCCAGCGAACAAAUCGGGCAUAAAUGGUCGUCAGAUGGCACUGGCUCCUAUGAAAUCCAAGAAGUCAAUGGUUUACAACCAGGAACCAAAAUAGUAAUGCAAUUAAAGAUGGAUUGUCGUGAAUUCUGCGAUGAGGAGACAAUUAACGCUGUUAUCAACAAAUACAGCAACUUUGUCGGCAGUCCAAUCAUCUUAAACGGUAAAAAAGUGAAUACUGUUCAGCCAUUAUGGUUAAUGGACCCGAAAUCCAUCACUCCGCAACAACACAGCGAGUUUUAUCGGUAUAUAAGCGGCGCAUAUGACUUACCAAGAUUCACAUUGCAUUACAACACUGAUGUACCCAUCAGUAUCCACGCUUUACUGUAUAUACCCGAUGGUAAACCUGGUUUAUUCGAAUUAUCAAGAGAAACUGAAACUGGUGUUGCUUUAUACACUAGAAAAGUGUUGAUAAAAAGCCGCGUGGAUAACAUUUUACCAAAAUGGCUGCGAUUUGUCAAAGGCGUCGUGGAUUCCGAUGAUAUUCCGCUGAAUUUAUCCAGGGAGUUACUACAAAACAGCGCAUUAAUUCAAAAACUAGGCUCAGUUCUAACAAGUCGUAUCUUAAAAUUCCUGCACGACCAAUCCAAGAAGAGUCCCGAGGAAUAUUUGAAGUUCUACGCGGAUUACGGACUCUUUUUGAAGGAAGGCAUUAUAACAAAUCACAAUCAAACUGAAAAAGAAGAUAUUGCGAAAUUACUGCGGUUUGAGUCUUCACACAAGGAUGGAGGGUUAAAAGUCAGCUUAGAUGAUUACCUGGCUAAUGUUAAAGGAGAUGACAAGACUAUUUUUUAUCUGGCGGCUCCAAGUCGUGCACUUGCCGAAGCUUCUCCUUACUAUGAAAGUCUAAAAACACGCCAACAGGAAGUCCUCUUCUGUUAUGAGCCUUAUGAUGAGUUAGUUUUGAUGCAGCUGCAGCAAUUCAAAGGUUAUCGCGUUGUGUCAGUCGAGAAAGACAUGCGUGAUGAUAAAAAGGCCGCAGAUCUUACUAAUUUAGGCGAUGAUAGUCUGAAACGUAGUGAAAUUGAUGAAUUGACUGCGUGGAUGAAAGACAAGUUGGCUGGUAAGGCUUCCACGGUGAAUGCAACUACACGACUGGAAAAUCAUCCGUGUGUGGUGACUGUUGAGGAAAUGGCUGCUGCACGACAUUUUAUUCGCACACAGAGUCAUCAGUUGUCCGAAGAGAGGCGGUAUGCUCUCCUGCAGCCACAAUUAGAAAUUAAUCCGAGACAUCCAAUCGUCAAGAAAUUACAUAAAUUGACCAAGUCCGAUCCGCAGCUGGCGGAAUUACUCACCAAACAAUUGUUUACCAAUUCGAUGGUCGGCGCUGGCUUGGUGGACGAUCCUCGCAUUCUGCUCACGUCGAUGAACGAUCUACUAGCGAAAGCUUUAGAGAAACAUUAAAUUGUAUAAGUGUAUCCAGUACGUUUCGUCAUGUGUUGAAAUAAAAUUUGUUAUUUUCUUCGUU